GUUACUUCCUGGCGUCUAACGUUGCCUUGGGAGUGGGUUGGCGCUGCCGCCACCCCUCUCUCAGCUCCAUUGCCGAGUCACAAAUUAAGCGCUACUCAGCUCCGGAGCUCCAGCAGCGGUGAGAUAUGUCGGAAAGUGGAAGCCAGGAGCCGUCGACGCGGCCCAGCAGACCGCCGGUGGGCAACCGAGUGACGGUGGUGCUGGGCGCGCAGUGGGGCGAUGAGGGCAAGGGCAAAGUUGUGGACCUGCUAGCGCAAGACGCGGACAUGGUGUGCAGAUGUCAGGGCGGCAACAACGCAGGACACACUGUGGUGGUUGACUCAGUGGAGUACGACUUUCACCUCCUCCCCAGUGGCAUCAUUAACCCUGAUGUCACUGCUUUUAUUGGUAACGGUGUGGUGAUCCACCUCCCGGGCCUGUUCGAAGAGGCCGCAAAGAACGAGCGAAAAGGCAAAAGUCUGAAAGGAUGGGAGAAAAGGUUGAUCAUUUCAGACAGGGCACAUAUUGUGUUUGACUUCCACCAAGCCGUGGAUGGUGUUCAGGAGCAGCUGAGGCAAGAGCAAGCAGGCAAAAACCUGGGGACGACUAAGAAGGGUAUUGGUCCAGUGUAUUCUACCAAGGCAGCACGCAGUGGCCUUAGGAUAUGCGACCUGCUAGCGGACUUCACACACUUCUCUGACAGGUAUAAAUUAUUGGCCCAGCAGUACCAGGCCAUGUACCCCAGUCUGCAAAUAGAUGUGGAGGGGGAGCUGGUCAAAUUAAAGGCGUACGUGGAACAGAUCAAGCCCAUGGUGAGGGAUGGUGUGCACUACAUGUACGAGGCUCUGCACGGGCCACCGAAGAAGAUCCUGGUAGAAGGGGCCAACGCAGCACUUCUGGACAUUGACUUUGGAACAUAUCCAUUUGUGACGUCGUCCAACUGCACGGUGGGUGGGGUGUGCACUGGCCUCGGCAUGCCGCCGCAGAAUGUUGGCGAGGUUUAUGGCGUGGUUAAGGCCUACACCACCCGGGUUGGCAUUGGGGCCUUCCCCUCCGAACAGAACAAUGACAUUGGCGAGUUACUGCAGACCCGUGGCAAGGAGGUUGGCGUGACCACGGGUAGGAAGCGGCGCUGCGGUUGGCUUGACCUGGUACUCAUCAAAUACGCGCACAUGAUAAACGGCUUCACAGCUUUAGCACUUACCAAACUGGACAUACUUGACAUCCUCCCAGAGAUCAAAGUGGGCGUGUCGUACAAAAUCGAUGGCCAAACGAUACCGCACUUCCCAGCCAAUCAGGAAGUGCUUAUGCAGGUGGAAGUCCAAUAUGAGACACUGCCCGGAUGGAACAGCAACACGGCAGCCGCUCGGAGCUUCGAUGAACUCCCAGAGAACGCCCAGAAAUAUGUGCGCUUCGUCGAGGAGCACGUUGGUGUGCCUGUUAAAUGGAUCGGCGUGGGCAAGUCUCGAGAGUCCAUAAUCCAGCUCUUUUAGACCCAGCAAAAAUCCUGUUCACAUCUUCACGCACACAGCCUACCUGACUUGACUCUUUCAAUUCCCGACUGGACUCUUGACUUGUGAAGGCUUCUACACAUUGUACGGUCAGAACUGCUGCCAUGCUGGGAUUAUAAACCUCAUUAGCCAUUUGGACCAGACCCUCAAUAAGAUCAGCAUACACCAGCGCCAUUAACAUGAACUCACCCUCACUGUUUUAAAACGCUCUGUGCCUGAGUCUGUCGUGCCAUUUUAACAAUGUGUUAUAUUUUGUCAGUCAGGUGGAUGUGGCACUUGUUUGACAUAAAGGUAAAAGGGAUCUUUUGAUAUUUAACUUAUUUGCAGUAAAAAAAAACAAAAAAAAAAAACAAAGACAAUGCCUUAUACUGUAUAUUUUAAUCUUUAACAUGCAUGCAUCUUGUUUUUUGUAAUGUUUUCUUUUCAAUGAGUGAGUUUCCCUUUAACCACCUCACAGAAUCAGGUCUAACUCUUGAACUCGCUCUUGUUACAAUUGCACUUUUUUGGGGGGUGAUUUACUGUAAAAUUGUUUUAUGGAGCCAGACAUAUUGGAGCUUGACACUUCUCAUCUUGAAUUUAAAGCCUUGUCUUUACAGUGACAAAUUAAAUGUGGAGAACCAUAAUGUUGCACUGAUUUGAAAUCUGAAUACUGUAUAAUAUACUGAUAUAAUAGUAUACUUUAUUAUGUCAACUUACAGAAUUGAGAGGGAAAUGGUAAUGAUAGUCUUGAUGAACAAUUACAUGAAUUGACCAAAAAUUAUUCACAAUUAAACCCAAACCUGCAUGUUUUGUUUCACAUAUGUAUAAUAAAAUAUAUAUUACAAUAGUUUUUUAAGUUAUUGGCAAAUACUUAAUGACAAAUUAAAUAUAAUGAAUAUAUAAUAAUGACAAUGAAAUAUAACAGGUCCUUGGUGGCCCCUCACCUACAACCUGUUUAGAUGGCAAAUGGGUAUAGGUGAGGGACCAGACAAAGAAUGGCUCAAAAUACCUCUUAUGAUGAGUAAUAACAAUGAACUUCGUUUUCCCUCGCCUGGACGUGGGUCACUGUGGCCCCUCUCUGGAGCCACGCCUGGGGCAUGAUGGCGUGUACUUGGUGGCCUUGCCUGCACCCCUUCUCAUGGGCUCACCACUUGUGGGAGAGGCCAUAGAGGUCAGGUCCACAGGCAGUUGGGUGGCAGUCAAAGGAAGGAUCCUUGGUGUACAGUAGACAUGUGCCGAUUACCUGUUUCAAGGUAUACCGUGGUAUGAAAACGUCAAACGUUUCAAAACCGCAAAAAUUUUCCGUCAUACCAUCCCUACGGUAUUAGCUAUUUUUUCUGUCCCAAAAAUUCCAAGAAAUCCCCCGCUUGUAGCUGCAAAGCUCAACCCUCCCGCACCGGUUGUUGCUCAGUGUCAGUGACUCAGCUGUGCGACACGAUUGCUGGAGGAGGUAAAACUCCUGAACUUUUCCCCCCAUCCAAGAAAACAACAUUGCUGGUAUGAGAAAACUUUGGUUACGGAAAGGUUACAGACUGCCGCGGCUUAGAGAAUGAGGGCCAACCAACAUGUAAAAUAUGUUUGUGGAGGUUGGCUGCUGAGGAGGCAAUACCUCCAAUAUGAUUUUGCAUUUAUAUAAAGUUUACUGUUAGUAAGCACUGUCAUCAACGUUCCCCACCAGCUAUGAGAGUUAACUCCAGCGUGUUUACUGUUUAGUGUGUCUAGCGGUGGUAAAACAUGUUUUUUUUUUCUCUCUGGCAACUGUGUUGAGAAAGAGUGUGUAAUGUAAACAUGAUACGAGUCAUAUACACACAUGCUUUUUGUUUUAUAUUGCAAUAUGAAACAAAUAAAACUCAAUUGUUAAAAUAACAUGAAUUUAUUGGUAAUAUUGUCACACAUAACCUGGUACAAUCAAAGAACAAUCAAUAUCUUCAUCUACAUCUACAUCAUGAUUAAUAAAAUUUAACAGUGACUUGUUAUAAUUGUAUGUAGCACUUUUAGCAAUUUCUAUCAUGUCUUUUGAUGGCUGCACUUCAUAGCACUUAA